UACAUGAGAUUAUCAACAUGAGUCAUCUCGCGUCAAAUCAGUUUCUCAUCCCUCACUUUGUGUGUUCUCGAUGAUCAUCUUGAGAAAGACGAUUUGAUGAAAGCUGUGACAUGGAGUCAACCUGAUGAUUGUGUGCUCUGUAGAAGGAGAAUGUGGAGGAAGAUGCUGAGACCCUGCAACCUGCUGCUGUGGCAGGUGGCUCUCAGCUUGUCGUAUCAUGUUGUUACAGCCAGUCCGUGUGGGGGUGGCUCAGACAUCUUUGCGGCACUCAGGGAGAACAGUCCGACGGGUCAGUUCAUCUCUGAGCUCGGCAUAACCGCAGAACCAGGGGCCAACAGAGCUAACAGCCUCCGCCUGUGUGUGAGCGGAGAGGACGCCGCCUGGUUCUACUUAGACGGCCGAACCCUCCGACUGAACGCCUCUGAUCCCAGAGUGCUCGACAAAGAGGCCCAGGGGCCCAUGCUCAUAGCUGAGCUCACCUGUUACCAGGACGACGUCAUCCAGAGUAAGUUCAGGAUUCUGGUGGAGAUACUGAAUGAAAACGACAACAGACCAAAGUUUGUAGAGGAGACGAUUCACCGGUUCACAGUUAAUGAGCUGACAGCCGUGAACUCUGUGCUUUUCACUGUGAAGGCCGUGGAUGCAGACGGGGACGUCAUCAGUUACAUCAUUGAUCCAUCUUCGAGUGACCCACAGUUCUUCAGGAUUGAUCUACCCAACAGUGGAAAGAUCGUUCUGAACAAACCUCUGGACUAUGAGACUAGAACCCAGGUGCAGGUGCUCAUCUGGGCCCAGGAAGUGAACACUGAGGAGAAGUUCAACACUUCUGCGGUUCUGACUGUGAACAUCGAGGAUGGGGACGACCAGUAUCCUCACUUCCUGCCCUGCACACGUGUCUCUCCAGGUGUUCCUGUCUGUGUGAGCCCCACCUAUAGCACAAACAUCACACAAAAACACCAGGACCUAGUUCUCAAGUUUUCUCCCGGUCCAAUCAGAGCAGAGGAUGGAGACCGAGGACUCAACACCCCUCUGAUCUACAGCAUCCUGUCAGGGGGGAAUCAAAGCCGGUUUGAGAUCAACAACAGGACCGGUGAGAUCCAGCUAACCAGAGCUGUCCCCCUUAGACAUCAGGAGAAGACCUUCACACUCAGUGUCAUGGUGUGUCAGGAGGACGACCAUCUUAAGUACAGUGUAGUUUCGGUUCUGAUCAGGGUUCUCAAUGAGAACACGUUCCCUCCGGUCUUCAACAGAACCACCUUUAAAGGAUUCAUAGUCCAGAACUUGAAUCCAGCCUCCAUCGUCACCACAUAUGGGAACCACGUUUUACAGAUCCUGGCAUCAGACCGUGACUUCUCUGACGGCCUGAAUCCAAACAUCCACUACUCCAUUCUUCCUCCAUCUGGACUAUACCAAGUGACCAACGAUGGGGUUCUGAUUGCCAGGACGGACAGUCUACAUGCCUUUGACAGACACAUAAUACAGCGCGGGAACACGGCAGCUGCGCCGUUUCCGUGACAACCCACAGACUAGCCGGGGCACUGACUCUCUGUCUCUCCCAUACAGAGGUACUGCGUGCAGUACACACAGACACACACGUGGGCACUAGCUAGCAUGAAAUGCACGAACUGUGCUAGCACAUUUCUGUAUUUCCAGCAAUUGUUUCAAAUGUAGUUCAGCUUUUCCAGUUUCUCGACUUUUAGACCAUUGUGGUGAUGGGGGGAGGGGUGGUGGCGCUGACGGUACGCCAAAGUUGGCCGUACUCCCUCCCGUCGGCAGCUGACCGCACCGUACUCCCCGGCAGGUCGGAUGUGGCCCACAGGCCGGAGUUUGAGACCCCUAGCGUAGAUGUUUAUCUACAGUAAAAUAACCCAAAACCUUUUAUUCCUAUGAUUUACUGAUUGGUUGUCACUAACUGUUCUCUACAUUCAUUCCGUUGCUCGCUCAAUAUUCUAUUGUGUAUGCUUUCCGGUGUCACGGUGUGGUUCACUUCAUGUUAUAUUUUGUAGUUUUCUGCCACUCGUGUCCCCGGGUAUCUUCACUUCCUGCCUUGUCAUGUC